AUGCCAAGCUCCCUCAUCCCCAACGCGGCCUACAACAAAUUCAACGAAGUAGCAGACUACAUCACCGACUCCAUCAUUCCCCAAGAAGAAUACCUUACCUCCACGCUCCGCCACAAUGAACAAGCCGGGUUGGAUACCAUCGACGUAGCGCCAUGUGAUGGGAAAUUCCUGUAUUUGUUGGUGAAGAUGAAUAAGGUGAAGAGGAUUUUGGAGGUUGGGACGUUGGGAGGAUAUAGUGCUAUUUGGAUGGCGAAAGCACUUCCUGAGGACGGAAAGAUCAUCACUUGUGAACUUGAGUCGGAAAGCGCUGAGAUAGCAAGAGAAAACAUCAGGAAAGCCGGCUUUGAAAACAAAAUUGAAGUCAAAGUCGGCGCUGCGAAAGAUACAUUGACGAAAAUGAGCGAGGCAGGAAAGGUGGAACCAUUCGACAUGGUUUUCAUUGACGCUGAUAAAGAGAAUAAUUGGACUUACUACAAAUGGGCUCUCGAUCAUGCCAGCCACGUGGGAACUGUCUUGGUAGUCGAUAAUGUGGUUAGAAGAGGUCGAUUGGUAGAUGCUGAUUCAACAGAACCGUCGAUAAUCGGUACCAGGAAGUUAUUUGCGGAAUUGAAGAGAGAAAAGAGGGUCGAGUGUACGGCUCUUCAAACAGUUGGAGCCAAGGGCUGGGACGGGCUUAUGAUUUCGAUGGUGAUUGAAUAG